AUGGGUUGCUGCUACUCUUCCAUGGUAGAUCCUCAGCAACAGGCUCAUCAAAACCACAGUGGAGGCGAUCCACCAUUAACUAAGUUCUCCUUCUCCGAUCUCAACAUGGCCACCGAAAAAUUUAGUUCGAAAAACAUUGUUUCAUUGAACGUAGAGGAAUCUUCUGAUGUUGUCUACAAGGGGCGUUUGCAGAAUCGCGGCUUGAUCGCUGUUAAGAAAUUUAAGAACACGGCUUGGCCUGAUCCUAACCAAUUUGAGGAGGAGGCACAGAGAGUGGGGAUGUUAAGGCACAAGAGAGUCGUUAAUUUGAUUGGGUAUUGCUGUGAUGGAGAGGAAAGGCUUCUUGUUGCAGACUUCAUGCCUAAUGAUACUCUUGCUAAGCGUUUGUUCCAUCGAAAAAAUCCAACGGUGGAAUGGGAAACGAGAAUGAGAGUAGCCUACUGUAUAGCAGAAGCAUUGGAUUAUUGUAUUAGUGAAGGUUUUGCAUCGUACAAUAACUUAAGUGCUUACACUGUUCUGUUUGAUGAGGAUGGUGAUGCCUGUAUUUCUUGUUUUGGCUUGAUGAAAAAGAACAAAGAUGAUCAAAGAACAACCGGAAGUGUGAACCCUGAAAGUGUGAUAUUCAGAUUUGGUACUAUCCUUGUGGUUUUGCUAAGUGGCAAGCAAAUUCCUCCGAGCCAUGCUCCUGAGAUGGUACAUGGAAUGAAUGUUAUUGAUUUGAUUGAUCCGAACUUGAAGGGAAACUUUUCUAGAGACGAAGCUACCAUAGUUUUCAAACUCGCCUCUCAAUGUCUGCAGUACGAGGAUAUAGAGAGUCUCAACACAAAGGAACUUGUUACAACACUCGAAACCUUGCAAACUAAAACAAAGGUAAUGCCGCCAUCCCCAUCUUAUGCAAUGCUUGAAAUGGAAAAGAAUCAGGAGGUAUCUUGGACUAAGUUUUCGCCACUAGGAGAGGCCUGUUUGAGAAUGGACCUCACAGCUAUUCAUAAAGUCUUGGUGACAGCAGAAUAUGAAGAUGACAAGGAAGUCGUCGAGUUCUCUUUCGAAGAAUGGAUACAAGCAAUAAUAGAUCUUCAAGAGGUUCGAAAACGCGGUGAUCAAGCCUUCUUAAAGAAAGACUUCGAAACUGCCAUUGACUGUUAUUCUCAGUUCAUUCAAGCUAAAAGAAUAGUGUACCCAAGUGUUUAUGCGAGGCGUAGUUUAUGCUAUUUAUUCUGCAAUCAACCAGACCGAGCACUAUACGAUGGGAUGCUUGCACAAGAAGUGUUUCCUGAUUGGCCAACCGCCUUCUACUUGCAGUCUGUGGCACUAUCCAAAUUAAAUAUGAUCACUGAUUCUGUUGAUACUUUCAAAGAAGCAGCUCUUAUUGAAGCAAAGAAACAGCACCAUAAGAAAGAAUCUUGA